UAAUCAUACUUGAACGGAAGAAAAAGAAAACCACUGCUGUUAUGGAAUACUGUGGCACAUGGUUUAAAUACUAUGUUAAAUAUUUGUGAAUAGGUGUUAGUUUUCAUUCAAUAAAGCUUAAAGAGUUUUUUAUUGCUAGCCAAUAUUUAGUAUUUGUCUUAAAGGCAUGAAUUAAAGCAGUGGAUAUGUUAUUGUUGAUAAAGCUAGAAGGUCAUCAGUUAAAACACUAAAUAAUGUUUUGUCUGAGUUAUUGUAUGUUGACAUACUUUUGUUGAAAAAAGAAUGAAGAAUUCCACGUCAACAUUGCCAACAACUGCCACAUCAGCUAGUCCACAUCCUUCAGAUGAUCGAAGCAAGUUAACAAACAAAGAAAGUUUUAAGGUAAGGAAACGAACAUACAAGAAGGAGAAGAAGAAGAAAGAAAAAGAAUUUUCAUCUGCAAUUAAGGACAAGUCAGUUACAAUUGUCUCCUCCUGGUUGAAGAUACGAGGAACGUUAAAAAGUUGGUCAAAAUACUGGUGCGUGGUGAAACCUGAAGUGAUAAUUGUUUACAAGAGUGAUUCACAACACCACUGGGUUGGAACCAUUUUGAUCAAUAAUUGUGAAUUCAUUGAAAGGCCCUCAUCAAAAGAAGGAUUUUGCUUCAAAAUAUUUCAACCUUAUGGACAGAGUAUAUGGGCGACAAAGGGGCCAAAGGGCGAGGUAGCUGGAUCUUUAGUGCAGCCCAUGCCCAAAGAUCAUUUGAUAUUUCGUGCAGCCAAUGAAGAAAUAGGACGAUGUUGGUUGGACGCAUUGGAGGUUGCUCAAAGUACUUCUUUGAUCAGUUCAUCUGAUAAAAUUCAAAGUGAUUUAUAUGGCUCCCAACACAAGGAUACUUCUAUGGCUGAAAAUAUUUACGACGAUGGUUUUAUUGGUGACAAAUCAGAUUACUCCAGUGGCGAAGACCCACCUGAAGAAGAAGCUUAUGGAGCUUUCACAUGUACAGAUGAGCCGGUGGAAGAAACCUCUUAUGUUGCUCCAGUAGAACAUGAAGAAUUCGGUGAAGCUGGUGAAACAUCAGAGGAGAUGGAGGAAGAGAACAAAAGCAUACUGUGGGCUUUGUUGAAACAAGUUCGACCGGGAAUGGACCUUUCAAAAGUGACGCUACCUACGUUUAUAUUAGAACCCAGAUCCUUUCUCGACAAACUGUCCGAUUAUUACUACCAUUCAGAUUAUUUAGCAACAACUGCAAUGGAGGAAAAUCCCUACUUGAGAAUGAAGGAAGUGGUUAAGUGGUAUCUUUCUGGAUUUUAUAAAAAACCGAAGGGAUUAAAAAAACCAUACAAUCCGAUCAUCGGCGAAAUGUUUCGUUGCCAUUGGCCCAACGAACGCAAUGGAUCCCGGACGUUUUUCAUAGCAGAGCAAGUCUCCCAUCAUCCACCUGUAUCAGCAUUUUAUUGUUCUAACCGUAAAGAUGGAUAUGCAAUUGGCGGUUCUAUAUUGGCUAAAUCGAAAUUUUAUGGUAACUCGUCUUCCGCCAUCUUGGAUGGGACAGCCACAAUCACUUUUUUGAAGCUUGGUGAAGACUACACAGUUAACAUGCCAUACGCACAUGUGAAAGGCAUUCUGAUUGGUUCACUUACGGCUGAGUAUGGCGGCGUGGUUCAUAUUAAAUGUGAAAAAACUGGUUAUCGUGCAGAUAUUGAAUUUAAACUAAAGCCAUUUUGGAAGAAGAGUGGAGAAUGUAAUUAUAUCGCUGGUAAAAUUCGCAUGGGUAAUGAUGUCUUGUCAAAAAUUGAAGGACGAUGGGAUGGCGAGAUUUUCAUUACGGAGUAUAUCAAAGAUAAUCAGACUGUGGAAGAUCCUAUUCCUGAAGUUUAUUUUUCUCCUACACCUGAAGUAAAACGGUCGCGUUUGAAGCGUCAUACAGUCAAAGAUGACGCUCAGGAGGAGUACGAGUCUGAGAGGUUAUGGAGUCAGGUGUCGAUAGCAAUAAAAGAAGCGGACCAGACGGCUGCUACUCGAGAGAAGUUAGUCCUGGAAGACGCGCAAAGAAAACUUCACAAAGAACUUAAAGAAAAAGACGAACAAUGGACGCCUAGAUAUUUCGAGCGCGAUCCAGAUUCAACCAAUACCCAUGCGUGGAUAUAUAAAUACAAGGAUUUGAGGGCGUGGGACACAGGUGCAGACUUGAUGCAGUACGAAUACAAGGGAAUUAUAAAAACGCAGACCAGACAUAAAGUACCGUUGGUCAAACGUACCACCAGCAUAGCGAAUAUUCUUACUAAUACGACGCCUGAAAAAGUCAAGCGACUGCCAUCGAUUAGAGAACCGGAGUCGGAGUCCGGCUCACGUAAAAACUCCUACGACCGGACCAGUAAUUAUUCAACUCGAAGCGAAGACGACGCUUUUACGGGAAUUGGAAAAAUGAAACGAGUUUCAAUCGAAGAUACGUUGAAAGCGUGCCUGAAGCCUCUCGUAGAUAGUAACAUCGAAACAAAGAAGCAAUUAACGGCGUUGCGAGCUGAGCUAAGACGUUUUCGAGAGAGUAUGUCUGAUGCGGGGAUUUUGAGUUUCAGAGACGUAGUGCUUGUUAUUGGCGUUAUUUUUAUACAACUUUUGCUACAAUGGUGGUGGAAAAGGUAACGUAACUCUCCAUCGUGGAGAGAGAAUAAUAUUUAGGAUCGUUUAUGUGCUAGUUUCGUUUGUAGGGUGGUAAUUUUUCUUAAUUUUUGCAGUUACAUAUUUUUUUUGUCUACGUUAUUCUUUAUUAAAAUCUCAUAAACUUUUAUCAGCAUAAAAAAUAAACAUAAAUUCAAGAUGGUGGACAAACGUGGGUCAUCCUCGAGUUUAUGUUACUCAAAAUGAACCGACUUCUUGUUCCCGUUUACAUAGCCAUCGACAACAAGUCAACGCCGGCCGUUAAACGUACACAACUUGAGUUUAACGUUUUGUUAAAGUUAUAAAGAUAUUGUAAUUCGGGUCUAUGCACCAUAAUGAGAGUUACAUAUGCUUGUUCUUACUCUCGCAAUAACGCAACAUCGUACUCUGUAAACAUUUAUUACAGAUUGUAGCUGGAGUAUAACAUUUUUACCUGACACCAAAGCACAUAUAUAUAUACCAUAUGAGCAUAUAUAAUAUAUACAAGGUGGAGGUGUAUGUAGGUAUUAGACUAUAUAUUCUUACUAUAUUAUCGGCACUAGGUUGAGUAAGGUUGUGUGCCACACCCAAGUUGUUAACAUAAGCACAAGUCAUUUUUCAUCAAUAUCUUUAGCCUAAUAUAACGGUCUUAUUUUACCACCGGCCGUCUGCACGCUGGUCAAACUGUGAUAACAUCGCUUUCCAAGUUUUAUUUCAGUAAAAGUAUAAAAAGAUAUAGUUUUUCUCACAGGUGUUUUGUAAAAAUAAUUUUGUUCCCAUUUAAUUUUUCGCCUAUUAAAAUAAGAAUUAUAAUGUAAACUUGAAAGUAUUCUGUAUUACAUAUUUAGAAUUUGUAUUGUAGAUAAUAUAAAGAAAGUGUUUUAA